AUGGCGAUGGCUCCGCCGCCCGCCUGCUCGCUCCUCCUCCGGGUCGCCGCCGCUGCGCCCAGUUCCGUCACGUCCAACUCCGUUUUGACCCAGCGCGGCCACGGUCUCCUCCCUUCCCCGCGUCCCGCUUCCGCUCGCCGCUACCUCACCGCGGCAUGGUCAUCGAAGGCCGCGGCCUCCGCUUCUGUCGAAAUACAGGAUGACUACGCGGAUGAGAUGGACGCGGUGAACAUUGCGCAGGAUGUCACCCAGCUAAUUGGAAAAACACCAAUGGUAUAUCUCAAUAGUGUUGUUGACGGUUGUGUCGCUAAUAUUGCUGCAAAGCUAGAGUACAUGGGACCUUGCCGAAGUGUCAAAGAUAGGAUUGGAUUAAGCAUGAUUAAUGAUGCUGAAGAGAAGGGUUUAAUUUCUCCAGAUAAGACCAUUUUGGUAGAACCAACAACUGGAAAUACUGGUGUAGCCAUUGCUUCUGUGGCUGCAGCAAGAGGAUACAAGUUGAUAGCAACUAUGCCUUCAUCAUUAGAUGUCGAGAGACGCAUUCUUCUGCGUGCAUUUGGAGCAGAGAUUGUGUUAACUGAUCCUACCAAAGGACUAAAAGGAGCUUUUGAUAAAGCUGAGGAAAUAGUCUUGAGAACACCAAAUGCGUAUAUGUUUCAGCAGUUCAACAAUGAGGCAAAUAGUGAGAUCCACUUUAAAACCACAGGCCCAGAAAUAUGGGAGGACACGAUGGGUUCUGUUGAUAUACUUGUUGCAAGCAUAGGAACAGGCGGCACCAUUACUGGCACUGGGCGUUACUUGAAAAGGAUGAACAAAGAUAUUAAGGUUAUUGGGGUAGAACCUGCUGAAACUAGUGUGAUUUCUGGUGAUAACCCUGGUUACAUUCCAAGUAUAUUAGAUGUUCAGUUGAUUGAUGAGGUUGUGAAGGUUAGCACAGCAGAAGCCGUUGAUUCUGCAAGGGAACUUGCACUAAAAGAGGGCUUGCUGGUUGGUAUUUCCUCUGGUGCUGCAGCAAUUGCUGCUAUCAAUGUUGCCAAAAGACCUGAAAAUGCCGGAAAGCUGAUUGCGGUCAUUUUCCCCAGCUUUGGAGAGAGAUACAUCUCUAGCAUUCUAUUCCGUCCGGUAUAUGACUCUGUUCGAAGAAUGAGGAAGCGAUAG